ACGUUUGAACAGCUAGUUGUAAUCGCUUGAUAUUUUGUAGAGCUAGCUAAAUUGUGAUUUAAUGCUAUCCUGUUUUGGGCAACGAUAACGUAAAACGACUUCUUUUUUUAUCUAUAUUGACAUAUAAUUUAGAGGUAGGUAUGUAUAAUUAAAUGUCAGUUAUCGGUUAUACUUAUUUCUUUCUACAACCUCUGACGUUCGGUCCAAGUUACUUUUGUACGUUAACGUUAUGGCUCUACUAAACAUUUUUAUGAGGUAUUCAUCACAACAAACUAGUACCAUAUAAGCCACUGAACGAACCCCAGGACCUAACAGGUUUGGAAUCAAUGGACCAAUGUCGUCGAACAUUAGAGCAGCAUAAUUGGAACAUAGAGGCUGCAGUACAAGACAGACUCAAUGAGCAGGAGGGAGUGCCCAGUGUGUUUAACCCUCCAACACCCAGACCAUUACAGGUCAAUACAGCAGACCACAGAGUAUAUAGUUACAUCGUAUCAAGGCCACAACCCAGGGGAUUACUAGGAUGGAGUUACUACUUGAUAAUGCUACCUUUCAGAUUUACAUAUUACACACUUCUGGAUAUAUUCAGGUUUGCCCUGCGAUUCAUCAGGCCAGAUCCUCGCGGUCGUGUUACAGACCCUGUUGGCGAUGUUGUGUCUUUCAUUCAUAGUUUUCAGGAGACGUAUGGUCAGUCACACCCAGUAUUUUACCAGGGAACAUACAGCCAGGCACUGAAUGAUGCCAAACGGGAGCUUCGCUACCUAUUAGUGUACCUUCAUGGGGAUGAUCACCAAGACACUGAUGAGUUUUGCCGCUCCACGUUAUGUACAGAAGAGGUCAUAACCUUCCUCAACACACGAAUGCUCUUUUGGGCAUGCUCAACCAGCAAGCCUGAGGGCUAUAGAGUGUCCCAAGCAUUGCGGGAAAACACCUAUCCAUUCCUGGCCAUGAUAAUGCUGAAGGACCGCAAGAUGACAGUGGUGGGGAGGCUUGAGGGCCUCAUUCAGCCAGAGGACCUCAUCAAUCAGCUCACCUUCAUCAUGGAUGCCAACCAAACGUAUCUGAUGUCAGAGCGUCUUGAAAGGGAGGAGAGGAACGAGACCCAAGUGCUAAGGCAGCAGCAGGAUGAGGCCUAUCUGGUCUCCCUUCGUGCUGACCAGGAGAAGGAGCGAAAGAAAAGGGAGGAGCAGGAGCAGCGGAGACAAGAGGAGGAGAAGGUUCGACAGAGUGCUCUCGCUGAGGAGCAGAGACGAAGAACACUGGAAGAGGAGAAGGAGAGGAAGUCAGAAUGUGUUCCCCCAGAGCCGCCUGCAGAUGAUCCAGAAAGUGUCAAAAUAGUGUUUAAAAUGCCCAAUGAUACACGAGUAGAGAGACGAUUCCUCUUUGGGCAGUCUUUGACUGUAAUAUACGACUUCAUUUUCUCUUUGAAAGAAACCCCAGAGAAGUUUCAGAUAAUUACAAACUUCCCUCGCCGAGUCUUGCCCUGCCUUCCAACUGACGAGCAGCCCAACCCUCCCACACUGAAGGAGGCAGGACUCAGCCGCUCCGAGGUCCUUUUUGUUCAGGACCUUACGGACGAUUAAUAGAUGACAUACCCUCUCUAUGUGGAAACAUAUUUUCCUCCAGUGCCCCUCCACCCCACAUAACAUUUUUUUCCUGUCAUGCACAAGGGAUCAUUGAGAUAAAAUCCUAACCUGGAAAUGUUUAAAAGCACCCUGCAUCCAGUCCUUGUUCGGUUGUGUUUACAGGGUUCCCAGUAGCCUGGAAAGUCUUGAAUUUUAUCAAAUAAAUAUUUCUUGAAGUCCUUC